CACGCGAAACACCACCAUUUCUAUUUCCUUUUAGCAAAAUUUCAAAUUUCCGAUCACCGUUAUCCUCUCAAUCACUCUGAAAAUGCUUGCAUUCAAGCCUGAAGAUCAGUUACAGCUCGUUGAAAGAGAAGAGAUCGACGAUGAAGAAGACUUGUUUGAAGCUAUUGAUAAACUGAUCACUCAUGGAAUCAAUGCUGGGGACGUGAAGAAGCUGCAAGACGCUGGUAUCUACACGUGCAAUGGCUUGAUGAUGCACACAAAGAAGAACUUGACUGGGAUCAAAGGGUUAUCCGAGGCAAAAGUUGAAAAGAUCUGUGAAGCAGCUGAGAAGAUAGUGAACUUCGGCUACAUUACUGGGAGUGAGGCUCUGCUCAAAAGGAAGGCAGUAGUUCGCAUCACAACUGGAAGCCAGGCAUUGGAUGAACUCUUAGGAGGAGGAAUAGAAACUUCAGCAAUAACUGAAGCUUUUGGGGAAUUUCGAUCUGGAAAGACACAACUUGCUCAUACUCUCUGUGUCUCUACUCAGCUUCCUACUAGUAUGAAAGGAGGGAAUGGAAAGGUGGCUUACAUUGACACUGAGGGAACAUUUCGGCCAGAUCGUGUUGUGCCCAUUGCUGAAAGAUUUGGAAUGGACGCUGGAGCAGUUCUUGACAAUAUCAUUUAUGCUCGCGCAUACACAUAUGAACAUCAAUACAACCUGCUUCUUGGUCUGGCUGCAAAAAUGGCUGAAGAGCCUUUCAGACUUCUGAUUGUGGAUUCUGUGAUUGCUUUAUUUCGAGUGGAUUUCACUGGAAGAGGAGAGCUUGCAGACCGUCAGCAAAAGUUGGCUCAGAUGCUGUCCCGAUUGAUAAAGAUAGCUGAGGAAUUUAAUGUUGCUGUUUACAUGACCAAUCAAGUUAUAGCUGAUCCAGGCGGUGGUGUGUUCAUAUCAGAUCCAAAGAAACCAGCAGGAGGUCAUGUCCUUGCUCACGCAGCAACCAUAAGACUAAUGUUCAGGAAGGGCAAAGGAGAACAGCGUGUCUGCAAGGUGUUCGAUGCACCAAAUCUUCCAGAGUCUGAAGCGGUUUUCCAGAUAACAGCAGGAGGAAUUGCUGAUGCUAAAGACUGAAAAUCAGCUAGGACUUGCAACAAGAGCUGCUUACUUUACUAUUUUGACGCUUACUUUUUAAUGUGAGCUAUAAAUAUAUCAAUUUAGCAUAAAUGAGUUUGUAAGACAAUGUUUUCUUGCACUUAUCUUGA